AGCUGUCUGGUGCUUCCUGGCUGAGGAACAGUGACCAACAGUCAUGGUUAACUUUGCUCAGAUUCUGGAUGAAACAGGUGAAUUCGGUCGUUUCCAGGCACAAAUGAUGAUCCUGUUGUCUGUCCCCAACUUUCUUGCUGCCUUCCAGACCUUUGGCAACAUGUUUAUGGUCCAAGAUGAGGCCCACCGCUGUUCAGUGGCCUGGGUCAAGAACCGUACUUUCAACUGGAGUGCUGCUGAGCAGCUGGCCCUGAGUGUGCCUCUGGAUGCUGCAGGUAGGCCCAAGUCUUGCCUCAUGUUUCGGCCACCCCCUGACAACGCCAGCCUGGAGGACAUCCUCAGUCACCACUUCAAUGAGACACAGUCUUGUGAAAGUGGAUGGGAUUAUCCUGAGCAUAAACCUCAAUCCCUAAUGAAUGAGUUCAACCUUGUUUGUGAUCGGAAGCAUCUGAAGAAAACCUCGCAAUCCUUGUUCAUGGCUGGACUCCUCGUUGGCACUCUCAUCUUUGGGCCCAUCAGUGACCGAGUUGGCCGAAGAGCCUCCUUCUUGGUGCAGCUGCUCCUAUUUGCCAUCUCAGGUGUGGCCAUGGCCUUUGUGCCCAGCUUUGAGUUCUACACGAUCCUGCGCUUUGUUCUAGCUACAGCCAUUGGAGGAUACACCUUAAAUAUUACCACCCUACUUUCAGAGUGGGUGGGACCAUCAAGGAGAACUUCUGCUAUCGUCUUGAACAUGACUGCCUUUGCCCUUGGGCAGAUGGGGCUAGCAGGAACUGCCUAUGGUGUCCGAAAAUGGAGGCUCCUUCAGAUCUUCAGCACUGUGCCCAUCUUGCUGCUUUUCUUCUGCUUCCAGGUUGUCCCAGAAUCUGCACGAUGGCUCCUUAUCCGGGGGAGGGUGGAGGAGGCCAAGCAACUGAUCCAGAAGGCAGCAUUAGUCAACAAGAGGGAACUCACACCAGAGCUCCUAAACCAGAUAGCCCCAGAGGACAAAGGCCCCUUGGGGAAUGCCUUUGAUCUUUUCAGACACCCUCAUCUCCGGAAGGUGACCCUGAUUCUUAUGUGUGUCUGGUUUGUGAACAACCUCGUAUACUAUGGACUCAGCUUCCAAGUAGGGGACUUUGGUAUGGACAUCUACCUGACACAGCUAAUAUUUGGAGCAGUUGAGUUGCCUUCCAGAAUUUCCAGUAUCUUCUUCAUGGAAAAGUAUGGCCGAAAGUGGAGCCAGUCUGGGUGCCUGAUUCUGGGUGGUCUCAUGUGUAUUAUCAUCGCCUUCAUUCCAUCAGGUCUGCCUACAAUGGUCACCAUGCUGGCCAUGGUAGGGAAACUUACCAUAGCUGCUGCCUUUACCAUCUCCUAUGUGUAUACUGCUGAGCUCUUCCCCACCGUUGUCCGACAAACUGGCUUUGGGCUGGUGAGCACCUUCUCCAGGACUGGAGGCAUCAUCGCCCCUCUUGUGAUCCUGCUGGUUGAGUAUCACACUGCCUUCCCCAUGCUCAUCUUCGGCAGCCUCCCCAUUGGGACUGGUAUACUCUGUGCCCUGCUGCCAGAGACACAUGGGCAGAGCCUGAAGGACACCAUAGAGGACCUGAGGCAGAGGUCCUGCCCACGCAGGUCUCCAAGAACAGCACCCCUGAAAAAAGAGGUGAAGAGCACAGGAAAACCUUCCAGCCCAAGAGUGGCUAUUGUGAACAGCUCAUACUUCUGAUAGUGGUUCCUAAGAGCUGGACCAUCUGUAGUGGAGAAUAGCCCAUACAUUCCCUGAAUAUGACCAGGACCCAUGAGGAUGCAGGAAUAAGACCAGCCUUGCUUACAAAGACAAUGCACUACAACCUGGCCUCAGCCCCAGCUACCCACUACCGAGUUCAAUCCCAGAAGCAUCUGUGACAGGACCUCUCUCCCUCCACAGGCUACCUCUCUCAUACCCUUAGCCCCACCCCAAUACCAUGUGUGAAUUAUGGCUUUGGGGUGUCUCCUGGACUUGCCUGUUCUCUAACAGCCUUGAGAGGAAGGGGAGUGGUAAAGUUUCCAAGAUGUUCUCAGCCUGGAGUACCCCUGCCCUCAAAUAGUCAUGCUCAGGACAGAGCACAGGGUAGGACCCUCUGUGGUUGUGGGAGCAAAAAGAGGAAACAAUCUGUGAAGACAUGGACUGUGCAAACCCAUGUCUGCGACACUGAAACUCCAAAACCAACAGCCAAACAUGUUCUUAGCCCAUCAUGAAGAACCCUCUGUGCUCUGCCUCUUCGUAUAACUGGACACUCUCUUGUAGCUUCAGGGCUGGGAAAGGGUCUCACUGUUCCUUUCCUACCACUGCAGUCCUCCCCACUUAUAAACAUUCAUUGCAGAAAUGCAUCUCUCUUUUUUGACUCACAGACUGUACACCAUUCAACUAAAAUUCUGUCACCUGGCUCUUGGUUGCCCCUGCCAUGUAGCUCUUCCCAUCACCUUAGAAUAAUUCUUCUACACUUACAAAACCUAAAAAAAACUCCUGGCAUGUAAGUGAAUAGAAUGAGUUUCUCAUUCAGAUAUGCCACUCUCUGACCUGUCCUUCUGGUCUAUUUGUUCCAUUGUUCCCAUCAGACAUAGCUUAGGGUCCCAUGACACAAUAUUGUAGACAAGGAGCUUAAAAGCAAAAACUUACUUUCUCAUGGGUCUGGAAGCUGGAAGUCUGAAAUCAAGAGAGUCAACAUGGCCAGGUUUAGGGAAGGCCUUCUUGCUUGCUUGUGAAUGGCGUGCCCUCUCUCCUUGCUCUGACAUAGCCUUCCUUGGUACUUACAUGUCUUACA